AUCAAUUGUUGUUAAGCAAGACCUAUAAGUAAGGUGUAUAAAAGCUGAUGCUGGUAUACUGAAUAUUUAUAGUUUUUACUGGCAAGAAAAGAACUAACCACUGAGCCAAAAUGGUUUUCAAGGCUGUUAUCAUCUGCACGUUCGCCUGCAUGAUCCAGGCUAUCAGUGGCCAGAGUUGCUACAGAGUUCUUGGUUCAUCUAGUGACUGCAAGUCCAUCGCCAUUUCCAACAGUGGUGGUGACCUGCUCAUCACUGCUCUCGGCCCCAUCGCGCCCUCCGGCAUCGCUCUCGCCACCGAGCUGGGCCUGUCCGGUGACCUGGAUCUCUCCGGCGCGCUGCCGUACCUUAGCGCAGUGGAGUUCCAGGGCCAGUUCGACACCAACGGCUUGACGCCUGUGUCCUACGGCUGCGGAGACUGCGUCGCCAUCACGCAGGAGCUCGGCAACCCGAGCGGCCUCAACGCCAACAUCAACUCUGGCUCCAAAAUCGUCAGCUGCGGUUGUGCCAAAUACUAAGAUAUACACAUAUUUUUUACAAAUAAAAAAAAGUAAUUAACCA